AGUAUAUAGAAAUAAGUGAUGUUAGAAGAGCAAAGAGAAGGAUGAUGAAGAGAAUCCUUCUAUUAAUAAACUCGAUCCUUCUAGCAACAGGCACCUCCGGUGGGGCCCUAGUAAUGCGUCUCUACUUCAUCCACGGUGGCAAACGAAUCUGGCUCUCUAGCUUCCUUGAAACUGCAGCCUUCCCCAUAAUCAUCCUUCCCAUAAUCAUUUCUUACAUCCAUAAACGACGUCGUCAUCGCUCUUCCGCCCUAAUCUCUAUCAAGCCCCCUCUCUUCCUCGCCUCCGCCCUCAUCGGACUCCUCACCGGCCUCGACGACUACCUCUACGCCUGCGGCGUGGCUCGCCUUCCGGUCUCCACUUUCUCUCUAAUCCAAGCCUCCCACCUCGCCUUCACCGCCGUCUUCGCCUUCCUCCUCGUCCGCCACAGGUUCACGCCCUACUCCGUCAACUCCGUCGUGCUUCUCACCGUCGCCGCUGUGGUUCUGGCUCUGCGUUCCAGCGGGGACCGCCCCGCCGGUGAGUCGAGUCGCCAGUACGUGAUUGGUUUUGUUAUGAUACUUGCGGCUGCGGCGCUGUAUGGGUUCGUUUUGCCGUUGAUGGAGUUGGUGUACAAAAAGAGCAGGCAGCGUAUCACGUACUCUCUGGUCAUGGAGAUUCAGCUUGUCAUGUGCUUCUUUGCUACCUUAUUCUGCACCGUUGGAAUGAUAAUCAAUAAUGACUUCAAGGUGAUUCCGCGAGAAGCAAGAGAUUUUAAGCUUGGGGAAACAAAGUACUACGUUGUGUUGGUGUGGAGUGCAAUAAUGUGGCAGUUUUUCUUCUUGGGAGCAAUAGGGGUUAUCUUUUGUGCCUCGUCUUUGUUGUCCGGUAUUAUAAUUGCUGCUUUUCUUCCAGUGACGGAAGUUUUGGCUGUUAUUGUAUACAAAGAGAGCUUUCAUGCAGAGAAAGGGGUUGCUUUGGUGCUCUCUCUUUGGGGGUUUGUGUCCUAUUUCUAUGGAGAGAUAAAACAAGACAGGGAAAAGAACAAGAAUCGUUGUCCAGAAACAGAUCUGCCUCAAAGUCUUCCUCCCAAUGCAUGAUUGCAAGUAAUUAAAGUUGAUUUCACUAUCUUUUCUUGUGUUGAAUUGUCAAUAUUGAAGGCUAACUUUGGCCCCAGAUAGAGGAAAAGAAAAAAUAAGACAAAGACAAACCGUGCAAUGAAUAAGACAAAGCUGUUUUUUAAUACAGAUUUGGUUGCACUACAAGAUGUCAUGAAUAUUUUUAAUACAAACAUUUUAGUACCCUUAAAUAAGUUCAAAUACAAACAUGAUAACGUUCUACAAUGUGUGGAAUUUUUUGAUA